UACGAGGGUGACGCUCUGCGAACAACUUACGCCUCCCAUUGGCCAGUUCCCCUUUGCUCCGCCCUCCAGAUCACGCAAGAUGGCAGCAAGACACGAUCUGAAGUGGCCGCGGGUGUUGCUGUGGAGCCUGUGGCAGGGUCGGGGCCCUCCGCAGAGCCGGGUAUCGUGCGUAGGCUUCGAAGCGAGGACUUACUCGCGGGGUGACGGCCCGUACUCGCGCACGGCGCUGUACGAGCUGCUCGGCGUCCCCCCCACGGCUACGCAGGCGCAGAUCAAGGCCGCCUACUACCGGCAAAGCUUCCUCUACCACCCGGACCGCAACUCCGGGAGCGCCGAGGCCGCCGAGCGCUUCACGCGCAUCUCCGAGGCCUACGUGGUGCUGGGCAGCGCCACCCUGCGCCGCAAGUAUGACCGCGGCCUGCUCAGCGACAUGGACCUGCGCGGCCCCGGCGUCCGGCCCUCCAGGGCGCCCUCGGCGGACUCCGGCGCGGCCCGCGCCCCUUCGCCCCCCUCUCGUACCCACACUUCCGGCCAGGCCGCGCCGGGCGACAGCCGCACCAUGUUCAACUUUGACGCCUUCUACCAGGCGCACUACGGGGAGCAGCUGGAGCGCGAGCGCCGCCUCCGGGCCCGGCGGGAGGCCCUCCGCAAGCAGCAGGAGGAGCGGGCGAAGAAGGGCUUCAGCUGGGACGAUAUCCGAGACACAACUUUAGUCGUCUUUCUCCUCACAAUCUUCAUCGUCGUAGGCAUUCGUUCUUGAUCGAGAGAGAAAGGGAAGGGGAGCAGCCCCCCCCCCCCCGCUCCCCCCAAGCCACACCCCAGAAAAUGGCCUUUCCUGUUUUGAACCCUUCGCUUUCCACAGUCUACCUCUGCUGGGGUCCGAAGGAACCGCUCUCUCUCCCCCUUCGCUUCCCCACUCGCCCAGCUUAGCCUUUGACCGGCACAUGCUCUCCCUGCGGUCCAGGAAAAAAAACAAAAAACCGAUGCCCAAGAAGGAGAUCCCAACAUGAACACCCUGAAAGCCUGAGUGAAGCGUUUUCUGUAGUCCCUCGGGCGCCUUCCUGAUGUUGUCAGCUUCUGGAACACUGGGCUCUGGCUUUGUUGUCAGACUCUAAGCAAAGAAAUGUCUGCUCCUGCCCCAUGUUUGUGCCAUGGAGCUCUGUAACCUUGAAACGUGCAAUGUGACCAAUUGUUAGCUGCCAAAA